CUUCCAUCUACAAGACGAGGGAACAUGAGGAACACAGGCACUGUAGCACAGGGCCCUGGCCAAGGGUUCCCUGAUCUUCCAUCUACAAGGCGAGGGAACACAGGCACAGUAGCACAGGGCCCUGGCCAAGGGUUCCCUGAUCUUCCUUCUGCAAGACGAGGGAAUGCAGGCACUGAAGCACAGGGCCCUGGCCAAGGGUUCCCUGAUCUUCCAUCCACAAGACGAGUGAACAUGGGGAACACAGGCACUGUAGCACAGGGCCCUGGCCAAGGGUUCCCUGAUCUUCCAUCUACAAGACGAGGGAACACAGGCACUGUAGCACAGGGCCCUGGCCAAGGGUUCUGUGAUCUUCCAUCCCCCACACAAAGUAACUAUAUCCCAAUAGACAUUUCAGAUUUCUAUUACAAAGAAAUCUUUUGGAUGAUUUUGCAUGAUUCAGGUAGCAAUCAAGAAAAUGCAGAAGGAAGUCAGGGCAAUCAAAGUCCUACACUUGAUUACAAUGUGGCAAUAUCCUACGAUGACACUGUGUCAGUACUGAGCCAGAUAUAUCAAGGGAAAAGGAAAAUGUCAAACAAAAGAGACACCAGUAGGAGAAUUCAUGAACUGUUCAGAAAAAUGCUUACAAAAUACAUCUCAACUAAAACACUUGUCCUAGAAUGGAUACUCAGGAAGAUCAAAAUGGAUAAAAGCAUGCUUGUUAAACUGACAGAAGCUCUUCAAGGUCUGCAAAAAGGUGAUCUUAGGAGGAUUCAUCACCUGAUCAAAUUUGCAAGUUUGAUGUUUGAGAACAUCAUAGAAGUUGUCCAACUCCUCCUACUAAUGACAGAGUUGGCUGCUGACGCUAAAGCCACCCUCAUCCAGCCACUAAAACUCCUCAUGAUCAGUGGCCACACCACUGACCCUGACGACAGCACAAGAGGAACUGAUAUCAUUCCAAAGUCAGUUCCCACCGAACUACCUACAUCACAGCCCCUUAUACCAGAAAACCCAUUGCAGCCUCUAUACGAAAAAUGUUCACUAGAGCCUGUCUUACCCAGAACUUCAACACUGCAGCCUCUCCUACCCGGAACCUCUACACUGCAGCCUCUUCCAUCAGAAACUGAUGAUGAAGAGCUGGAUGACCAUCUAUCCCAACAGCAAUUCCCAGGUUCAUUUCCAGUAGGUGAAAAAGAGAUACAGCACCUGGAGGGAUCUGUUGGCUGCACUGACCCCCGACUUCAAUGUGCGCCAAGCUUUUACGUCAUAGGAGCAGCACAGGGAUCUGCAUUUGAACCCCCUCAAACAGGUUCAAUCGAAUCUGGAGAUGUAGAUAAUGUGGAAGCGUCUCCCCAUGGAAAGCCAGCAUCUGUAACUGACCACCCUCAGUCUGCAUCACUUGAUGGCUCCAGAUACAGAAACAGACUAAAGUCCGAUGCAGCAGCAAGAAGAGAAGUCAGUCGGUUAACGGUGGACCAAAGAACUCACAGGAUUGUUGAUGCAAGAAUAUCCCAACAGAUUCAAAUCUUGAAAACAGAACAGACAUACACCUUGAUACGGUAUGAAGACUCCACUCUACAGGGUUUGAUACAGGACAAUGUGCAUGGUGGUACAGAGGAUAUCAAAGAGAAUGUGCAUGGUGGUACAGAGGAUAUAAAAGAGAAUGUGCAUGGUGGUACAGAGGAUAUCAAAGAGAAUGUGCAUGGUGGUACAGAGGAUAUCAAAGAGAAUGUGCAUGGUGGUACAGAGGAUAUCAAAGAGAAUGUGCAUGGUGGUACAAAGGAUAUCAAAGAGAAUGUGCAUGGUGGUACAGAGGAUAUCAAAGAGAAUGUGCAUGGUGGUACAAAGGAUAUCAAAGAGAAUCAAGAGAAACGAUCGUCAGAUUCACAAUGACAAACAACAGCGAUGAUCUUCAGGAUGUGAAUAAAAAUCAAAGUCAAGACCUUGAGGGUGUGAAUUCUUUUACAGCCUAAACCUCUGCAGUCGGUUUCCCGAGCAUUCUCUAAGAAAUCCCAGAGAUUUCUUAAUGCCCUAGGCUUUCUUGUGGAAUAGCCAUUGAGUUUGAAAUAUUUUACUUGUACAAGUGUUGAAGAUUGAUAUGACCUUGUGUUGCUAUUACUGAAUACGAUCAUAAAAUAUCACUGUAUUGAAAACUUUGAAAUACAUUGUGUCGCUGCCUGUC